AUGUUCUUGGAUCGAUAUUUUUCUUUAUUGUCUUCUUUUCGGUACUGUGUUCUUGGAUCAAUCUUUUUCUUUAUUUUUUUUCUUCAUUGUCUUCUUUUUGGUAUGGUCAUAUUGUGUUCUUGGAUCGAUGUUUUUCUUUACUGUCUUCUAUUCUUUGUGCCUUGUUUUUGGAUUGAUCUUUUUCUUUACUUUUUUCCUUUAUUGUCUUCUUUUCAGUAUGGUCGUGCCACGUUCUUAGAUAGAUUCUUUUUCUUUAAUUUUUCUUUGUCUUCUUUUCGGUCUGGUCAUGCUGUGUUCUUGGCUCAAUCUUUUUCUUUACUUUUUUCUUUAUUGUCUUCUUUUUGGUCUAGUCGAAUCGUGUUCUUGGAUCAAUCUUUUUCAUUACUGUCUUUUCGGGCUGGUCGUGCAUUGUCUUGGAUAGAUCUUUUUCUUUACCUUUUCUUCUUUUCGAUCGAUCUUUUUCUUCACUGUCUUCCUUUCGGUCUGGUUGUGCUGUGUUCUUGGAUUGAGUUUUUUCUUUACUGUCUCCUUUUCGGCCUGGUUGUGCUGUGUCCUUGGAUCGAUCUUUUUCUUUACUGUCUCCUUUUCGGCCUGGUUGUGCUGUGUCCUUGGAUCGAUCUUUUUCUUUACUGUCUCCUUUUCGGCCUGGUUGUGCUGUGUCCUUGGAUCGAUCUUUUUCUUUACUGUCUCCUUUUCGCCUGGUUGUGCUGUGUCCUUGGAUCGAUCUUUUUUUCUUUACUGUCUCCUUUUCGCCUGGUUGUGCUGUGUCCUUGGAUCGAUCUUUUUCUUUACUGUCUCCUUUUCGCCUGGUUGUGCUGUGUCCUUGGAUCGAUCUUUUUCUUUACUGUCUCCUUUUCGCCUGGUUGUGCUGUGUUCUUGGAUCGAUCUUUUUCUUUACUGUCUCCUUUUCGCCUGGUUGUGCUGUGUUCUUGGAUCGAUCUUUUUCUUUACUGUCUCCUUUUCGCCUGGUUGUGCUGUGUUCUUGGAUCGAUCUUUUUCUUUACUGUCUCCUUUUCGCCUGGUUGUGCUGUGUUCUUGGAUCGAUCUUUUUCUUUACUGUCUCCUUUUCGGCCUGGUUGUGCUGUGUCCUUGGAUCGAUCUUUUUCUUUACUGUCUCCUUUUCGGCCUGGUUGUGCUGUGUCCUUGGAUCGAUCUUUUUCUUUACUGUCUCCUUUUCGGCCUGGUUGUGCUGUGUCCUUGGAUCGAUCUUUUUUCUUUACUGUCUCCUUUUCGCCUGGUUGUGCUGUGUCCUUGGAUCGAUCUUUUUCUUUACUGUCUCCUUUUCGGCCUGGUUGUGCUGUGUUCUUGGAUCGAUCUUUUUCUUUACUGUCUCCUUUUCGGCCUGGUUGUGCUGUGUCCUUGGAUCGAUCUUUUUCUUUACUGUCUCCUUUUCGGCCUGGUUGUGCUGUGUCCUUGGAUCGAUCUUUUUCUUUACUGUCUCCUUUUCGGCCUGGUUGUGCUGUGUCCUUGGAUCGAUCUCUUUUUCUUUACUGUCUCCUUUUCGGCCUGGUUGUGCUGUGUCCUUGGAUCGAUCUUUUUCUUUACUGUCUCCUUUUCGGCCUGGUUGUGCUGUGUUCUUGGAUCGAUCUUUUUCUUUACUGUCUCCUUUUCGGCCUGGUUGUGCUGUGUUCUUGGAUCGAUCUUUUUCUUUACUGUCUCCUUUUCGGCCUGGUUGUGCUGUGUUCUUGGAUCGAUCUUUUUCUUUACUGUCUCCUUUUCGGCCUGGUUGUGCUGUGUUCUUGGAUCGAUCUUUUUCUUUUACUGUCUCCUUUUCGGCCUGGUUGUGCUGUGUCCUUGGAUCGAUCUUUUUUCUUUACUGUCUCCUUUUCGGCCUGGUUGUGCUGUGUCCUUGGAUCGAUCUUUUUUUUUACUGUCUCCUUUUCGCCUGGUUGUGCUGUGUUCUUGGAUCGAUCUUUUUUUCUUUACUGUCUCCUUUUCGCCUGGUUGUGCUGUGUCCUUGGAUCGAUCUUUUUCUUUACUGUCUCCUUUUCGGCCUGGUUGUGCUGUGUUCUUGGAUCAAUCUUUUUCUUUACUGUCUUCUAUUCGGUCUGGUUGUGCCGUGUUCUUGGAUCAAUCUUUUUCUUUACUGUCUUCUUUUCGGUCUGGUUGUGCUGUGUUCUUCGAUCGAUCUUUUUCUUUACUGUCUUCUAUUCGGUCUGGUCAAGCCGUGUUCUUGAAUUGACCUAUUUCUUUACUUUUUUCUUUGUCAUCUUUUUGAUUGUCUUCUUUACGGUCUUUUCAGUAUGGUCAUGCCAUGUUCUUGGAUCGAUCUUUUCUUUACUGUCUCCUUUUCGGUCUGGUCGUGCUGUGUUCUUGGACCGAUCUUUUCCUUUACUGUCUUUUCAGUCUGGUCGUGCUGGGUUCUUCGAUCAAUCUUUUUCAUUACUGUCUUCUUUUCAGGCUGGUCGUGAAUUGUUCUUGGUUCGAUCUUUUCCUUUACUUUUUUCUUUGUCUUCAUUUCAGUCUAGUCAUGCCGUGUUCUUGGAUAGAUCCUUUUCUUUACUUUUUUUCCUGAAUUGUCUUUUUGGUCUGUUUGUGCCAUGUACAUGGAUAGAUCUUUUUCUUGGCUGUCUUCUUUUCGCUCUGGUCAUACCGUGUUCUUGGCUCGAUCUUUUUCUUCACUUUUUUCUUUAUUGUCUACUUUUCGGUCUCGUUGUGCCGUGUUCUUGGAUCGAUGUGUUUCCUUACUCUUUUCUUUAUUGUCUUCUUUUCGAUAGGGUCAUGCCAUGUUUUUGGAUCAAUGUGUUUCUUUACUUUUUUUCCCUUAUUGUCUUCUUUUCAGUCUCGCCUUGUUCAUGGAUCGAUCUUUUUCUUUACUUUUUUUCUCUAUUGCCUUCUUUUUGGUCUGGUUGUGCUGUGUUCUUGGAUAGAUCUUUUUCAUUACUUUAUUUCUGUAUUGUCUUCUUUUCGGUCUUGUGUCGUGUUCUUGAAUCAAUCUUUUUCUUUACUGUUUUCUUUUCAGGCUGGUCGUGCCUUGUUCUUGAAUCGACCUUUUUCUUUUUUCUUAAUUGUCUUUUCAGUUUAGUCAUGCUGUGUUCUUGGAUCGAUCUUUUUCUUUAA